AUGGCUCAAGACACCGAGUCUCGCCAGUGGCAGUCAAGCCUCGAUGGCAUUGCUAAUCUCAUACUGGACACCACUACUGUACCAGCGCCAUCGUCUGGACAGCUACUCGUCAAGAUGCGCGCCGUUGCACUCAACUACAAGGACGGUGAAGUGAUCGAGGGUUUGAUGAAGCACCAUAAGUCUGCAACGUUCCCCAAAGAUCUCGUCCCUUGCUCUGACGGAGUAGCUGAAGUCCUUAAGGUAGGCGCAGAGGUGAAGGACUUCAGAGCUGGAGACCGUGUCCUGUCCUUGUGCUUCCCUCUACAUCAGACGGGCCAAGUCCAGGCCAAGCAUCUGGCCAACGCUCCAGGGAUGACGGACCACGGGGUUUUAGCCGAGUACAGACUGUUCGAGAACUGGGCUGUCGUGAAAGUGCCACACUACCUAACCGAUGAGGAGGCUGCAACAUUCCCCAUUGCGGGUACCACGGCUUGGAUGGCGAUCAACGGCUUCCGACCUAUUGGCCAGCCUGGGGGAGAAGGCCAGACCAUGCUAGUGCAAGGUACCGGUGGCGUGAGUAUCAUGGGACUGAAGCUGGGCAAGGCGAGUGGCAUGAAGGUCAUAGUGACAUCCUCAUCCGACACGAAGCUAGAGCGCGCAAAGGAAUUGGGAGCGGACGGUACCAUCAACUACUCGAAGACUCCGCAUUGGGAUCAGGAGGUUAUGCGUCUAACCGAUGGCCGAGGCGUGGACCUUAUCUUGGAGAACGGUGGCGCUCAGACGACGUCCAAGUCGUUCGACUGCAUUGCCUUCGGCGGCACCAUCGCAUCAAUUGGCUAUGUCUCUGGCAAGGUUGACCCGGCCGAGGACCGUACGAAUAUCAAUGUCCGAGCACUGUCGAAGAACUUCACGCUUGUAGGCUUGCUCAACGGCCCUAAAGACAGACUCGAAGAACUGCUCGCCUUUUGUGAGGAGCACCAGGUCAAGCCUGUUGUUGAUAAAGUGUUUGAGUUCGAGCGAGCGAAGGAAGCUCUCGAAUAUCUCUGGAGUGGGUCACAUUUUGGCAAGGUUGUCGUUAGAAUGCCGCAAUGA